CACGAAUUCCCGGACACUCUGAGCUUUUGAAACCAAUUCAUCCGAGCUACUCUGUUUGUCAUCUAAGUACCCUACAAAAAUGUCUCCAGUUGUCUACGAGACUGCUCCCGUCGGUCGUCAGCCCGAGAAGCCCAGCGUGCCGUUGGACUUGUUCCCCGACGGCCUCAAGACCACGGGGCAGCACCCACCUCUCUAUGACCAACUGAAGCCAUUCUCAGAGUUCCCAAAGGAGAUAACGGGGCCAACUGCCUGGAAGGCAGAAGACUAUAAAGACUGCCCUGAGAAAUGGACACAUUGGUUUACUGAAGAAGAAAUCGCGGAAUUGAGCCAUGCUGCGGAUUCGUUCAUUGCCGCAGGGAUUCCCUUGACGGGAAUUACCAAGGCCUUGUUUCCUCUCCCCACUUUCUCGGCUUUCCUGAACAACCUCAAGGAUGAUCUUCUCGAUGGAAAGGGUUUCAUUCUUUUCAAGGGACUUCCAGUUCAGGAAUGGGGAAACCACAAAUCUGCUGUGGCUUAUAUGGGGAUUGGAACUUACCUGGGAUACUUCGUCAGCCAAAACGGGAGGGGACAUGUCCUUGGACAUGUUAAGGACCUUGGAGAAGAUUCAGGGAAGAUCGACAAAGUGCGCAUUUACAGAACCAAUGCUCGUCAAUUCUUCCAUACCGAUGAUGGAGACGUUGUCGGCUUGCUUUGCAUUGCAAAAGCUCUCGAAGGAGGGGAAUCUGAUCUCAUUUCAUCGCACCAUGUCUAUAAUGUUCUCGCAAAGGAACGCCCGGACGUUCUCGAAACUCUCACCCAGCCAAUCUGGUAUGUUGACCGAAAGGGCGAGACCAGCGUCGGCCAAGAAGAAUACAUCAGAGCCAGCGUGAUGUAUGUUGAAAACGGAGGGCAAGGCCGGGUUUACACAAAGUGGGAUCCAUACUACGUUCGCUCCCUAACCAGAUUCUCCGAUGAAGGAAUCAUUCCUCCACUCUCACCCGCCCAGCUUGAGGCCAUGGAUGUCCUUGAGGAGACAUGCUUGAGACUCUCGCUCCACAUGAUCCUCGAUGUUGGGGAUAUCCAAUUCCUCGCAAACUCACACGUCCUUCACGCGCGCACCGCAUACAAGGACUACCCGCCACCAGCACCCCGCAGACAUCUCAUGAGACUGUGGCUGGCCACACCAGAGAGCGAAGGAGGCUGGAAGAUCCCAUUCUGGGAUAGUGACGAGAAGAAGCGGGGUGGUAUCCAGGUCAAUGACCAGCCUCCAGUGGCUCCACUGGAUGCCGAAUAAGGGUUAAGAACUUUGCAAUAUUUUGUAUCUGUAUCUAGGGCUUUUCUUUGUUGGCAAAGCAAUGUGCUUGUUGUAUCUUUUGCAGGUCCAAGACGGACAUGAGAUGAAACUACUCCGCAGGGUAGAAUGAAAUAUGAAAAUGCAGCGAUCUUCUCCUUUUC